ACUGCGGACUGGGUGGUUAUGAAAGCGAACAAAAUCAAAAUAUUCUAGUUAAAAUUAGUGACUUUCCAUCAAAAAGCACACCAAAAUGACGUUGAUUGGAGCAAUUUUAAGGACCACUUAUCUCCCACCGGUGAGAACUUUCCUAGCUCGCUCGCUUCACACCGGGAGCCCCAGCUGCUUCCGCUUCACGCCAAUCCUCUGUGCGGAACCGUUGAAGAAAAAGAAAAAAAUCGACCCACAGGUCCUGAAGCAUCGGGAGGAACGGAAGCGCAAACGGUUGGAGAAGCAGAUCCGCCGGCUGGAGAAGAAUGCCCGCCAGUUGAAGCCGGUGGAAGAGCUGGAACUUCCGAUUGAACUGAUCGACGAACAGGCCCAACGGAAGCGAACGGGUGUCAAGGUCAGUGCUCAGGUGGCCGAGAGCCGGGUGCUGCUGGAGAAGCAGUGGGCCAAGUACAAGAUGGCGGAAAAGUUGGCCGACUAUCAGCUGAUCGAUCGGGUGUUGGCAGCGCAGACGAAGGCACUGAACGAGCUGCGGUUGGAAUCGGAGGAGUUGUACCAGAGCGCGGUGCAGGUGGACGAAGGGCUGGUGCCAUUCCAGGCGGUGGGCCCGGUGGUGACGCCUCCGAUCGAAGGCUACGAGAUGCCCGACGGCGAGUAUCUGGAUGUGUCGAAGAAGUUUGAGUAGAGUCGGAGAAAUGCAUAUGAGUUGAUAGGUAGGUGUU